AUCUAAACAUUAUUUAUAAACAAUGGAGGAAAAUCUGACUCUGACACCUUCCCCCGAGUCAAAAUCGGGGAUAAGAAACAGCGAUUCUUUUCAAGAAAUGAUGCAGAGAAUUAAAACCGAAAGAAGCAAGGAAUCCAUGAUCAAUUCCACAGACGGAUUUGAGAUGAUGAAUGAUUCCACCCACUUUUGGACAGAUCUCUUUACUAAGUAUUUCAUUGAUCCAUCCAAACUCCCUGAUGACCAGAGAGAUGAUAUGUUGUUCUAUGUAAGAAAAACUCGCAACCCAAAACACAAGUCAUUUACAUUCAGGGAUGUACAAUGUGAUUUAAACAAAAUGUCAAGCGUUAUGAUGUCUGGAGGUGGUGUUAUGAUGUCUGGAGGUGGUGUUAUGUUGCAGCCUGAAAUAGAAGUCUACAGAAGAGACUCGAAGUCUCUUCCCUUACUGGAGGAGAAAACCAUUGACUGGGAGGAAACUGUGUACUUAAACAUCAUCUCACACCAGCUUGUCUACACAGCAACAUGUGCAGUUUGUACAAGAACAAGUGAAAAACAUCUGCAAAUUCUGAGGAGGUUUUCCCAGAGAGUUUACCCAUCACCCAGUAAGAGAAGAAUGGAUGACAAAGGCACAGAAGAAGAACUUACUUAUCCCAACAUAUACUUCACUGUAGAUAAUUUUGAAGAGGCCUUUGGAGACAUUGUAGUCAGAGACAGUGAGAUGGUAUGUGUAGAACUGACAGCGACAGACAGACACGGCAGGGUUAAGGGGGUCAUCUUCCUGGGCUCGGUGCGAUAUGAGGUGCUAAAGAAGGUUUACGAUGCAAGAUUGAGCCUUACUUCCAAAAUGAUGCAGACGAUGUCCCUGGGAAUGAUCAAACAGAACAAGAGGGUGGAGUUUGUCAGAAUGAGGGGACCAAAGAGUAAAGGUCAUGCAGAGGUUGCAGUCAGCAGAGUACCAGGAUCAGGACCAGAGACUCCAAAUAAAGAGAACUUCAAGCUCGAGGAUUUCAACCAUGAACAGAGCAAUGAACAGAAUGAGUAUACACAUCGCCGGAUGAGUGAUCCAAGCGAGUCCUUUGGUUCAUUUGUACGGGGAGGAAUACGUCGUCUCAGCCUAAAAAAAUCUCGAUCAGAAGCUGAGGAUGUGAAUGCAGAGAUAGAAAACUGUCAAGAAGUAGAAGCCACGACCCCACAGAGAGAACUGGAGAGAUCCACCCAUGCCAAUGGAUUCCUUGGAAAGGCUUUUGGGCAAGCCUGGAUGUUGUUUAAAGAACAGAAAAGGGUCACAAGUGUAGCUCUGAAUGCCUACUUAACCUAUAUCACCCUUCCGUGGCAUUGGAUCAUAGCAGAUUUAAUUGAUGCUCAACAGAUGCCUACAUUAACAUCAUGAUAGACAAUUAUUAGAUAAUUAUUUGCUCGAGGGCCUGUCUGGAUUUUCCAGUGCUGACCAUUCUUGACUCUUGGAAGUUGCAGCAAAAGGAAACUGGUGCUCUUAAAACACAGACCAUACUGUGAAAUCUAGUCCAAAAAAAACCACCAGCUGGUAAACCAAAGUCAAAUGGUCGUAUAUAUAAAUUGGCAUUUUUUUUUUUUACAUUCAUCAAAAUGUUCAAACUCAGGAGACAUUUUCCCUUAAGUUAUUGAGUAAUUGCUGUUGGCAUGACAACUUUGUAAACAAAUUGCAGCAUGAUUAGAUUUAAGAGACGCUGUGAACAAUGUUGAGAUUAUUUGAACCAAAUUGUCAUUUGUGCUUGCAAACAUUCCAGUGCUUAAUUAGUGCAGUAUUAAUUAUAGUUAUAUUCCAUUUUUUGAUAAAAUGUGCCAGAAAUCAUUUGUACAAUUCCCUAUAUCCUGUUAUUGUUUAGAUACAUGAUAUAGGUGUGAGUAGAGGUAGUAUUUUACGUCUGAAUUGCAUUAAGCAUACAUGUACAUUUGAAUGCCUAUGUAGAAAUACUAAAUUCCAGGGUACAUAUACAGUCCCUGAAACGUUCUACUUUACCAUUUUUCCGUUCGCUCAUGGUGUGUUCACCGUUCGUUCAACGUGCUUUCACCGUGCGCUCUCCGUUCACAGUUUUGCGUUCAGCUUGCGUUCACCGUUCGUUCACCGUUCACAAAGCGUUCCGCUUGCACUCACCGUUCGUUCAUCGUUCAGUCUUUUCAUUGUCAUUCGGAACACCAAAGUGAAAGGACCAAUCUUGAUAGCAAGGCGAAAAUGAAAAUUGAACGUGUGCGUAAGAGUGGAAGGAUACUUUCUUACUAUAUCAGAAAUUUAAUUUUGAAGUACAAAAUGUCAGGAUUGUUGUCCACUGUGAAUGCCGAAAUGUUCAUUUGAGCUUUUGUUAAAAAUAAUUCUAAAUGAGAGACGAAUAUAAGAGCUUGUCGUUAUGAAUUUAACCCAAGUACGAAAAAUAAGGCAGUUUCAGGUAAUGAAAACCUCUUCCCCUGUGUUCACGAUUUAGCAUUUACAAGUUUGGGCACAAAUUAUUUUAAUUAUUUUGCUUUGCUUGACAUGAGUUUUAAACAGCCCCCUACUAUGAAAAAUAAAAACAAACAAACUAUGCUACAUAAUGUACAUUUUACCGUAUGUACGUGUCAGAAUGUCAAACUGAUAUAGCUAUUUUUACGCCUAUAUUAAUGAAAGACAUUGUCAAUAAACUGAUAUUUACUACUCUUGCCAAAUUUGAAACUUUUGUAACAUUUGUCCCUAAUGCAAAGAUGUAAUUGUUUAUCUGGUAUGUUUCUGCAUUAGCCGUUAAACAUUCUACGGGUAGUUCAGUAUAAUAAACAGUUUUAUCUACUUCAAAUAUAUACAAAUAUUGCACGAUCUAACUGCAAUUUAUGGUCACAUCAAUAAUAAAAAUAGAAAGUUUUGUACUGAUUAUUUCCUCGGGUCGAUGUAGCUGUGACAAAUGAAUGACACAAAAUGUAAGUAGGAGUAUUUAAUACUGUUAGUAGUGUUGAGGUGUUGACACAGGGUAUACCGUCCGUAUUGUUUCUUUACUGCAUCUAUCUUGACUCUUUUUGGGGGUGUUUGUUAAUUACGGUUAUCCCAAACGAUCGAUCUCGUAAAGUUUGAAGCCAUACAUGAACAUCUGUUAAUUCUGGAUGUCACUACACAUGUAGACUAUAGUGUUUUCCUUUUCACAUGCAUUGUAUAUAUAUUAUACCCAUGCAUUAAAUGUAUCUGUAUAUGUAAUGGUAUACACAAUGUACAUACAAAAUUUGCUUUUGUUUGUGUAUGACUGUUGCGUGUAUUAAUGUACAAUGUGCGAUAAUUUCAUGAAAUAUAUACAUGUAUACUCGGUACUUGUACAAAAAUACAUUGAAUAUAUCCAGAACUGUAAAAUAUGCUGUAUCACGAUUCCGGUUUAUUUAAUUUUUUAUUAAUUGAUGAAAUAUACAUGAACAUGUAUUUUAUUACUUGAUUAUGAAAUAAGUAAAAUCCCAGGGAAAAAUCUGAAAUAUUCUGAGUAAAUAGAUCAUUUUGCGUUCAGCGUGCGCUCAGCGCUCGUUCACCGUUCACUCUGCGUUCGCUCACCAAAUUGCGUUCACCAUUCGCUCUGCGUUCAUUCACCGUUCGCUCUGCGUUCGUUCACCGUACAUUCACCGUUCGCUCACCGUGAGUUCACCGUUCAAGUGGGAAAGAAGAAGUUUCAGGGACUGUAUUAAAUUUUUGGUGUUUAAUAACAGCUUAUAAAUCUUCUAUACAUUACGUAUGAUGGGUAUGUAGUUAAUGCAGUCCUGAUUUCAUUAUACUGUGUGUUUAUAUUGAGGUUAUUAUUUGUAGUAAUUUUUAUACAACUUACUUUGAAACAUACUACAUAGAAUUAAUCUUGUGCACUAACAUCAGAAGUCUGGUCCCUAAUGUUUGUCUAGGGACUCUAUCUACAGAGCUGUUUUAGCUGUGAAUUUCUGAGAUGACCUUUUGACUGACUUUUUUAACUUCUUUUCUUGAAUGGCUUCAUGUUUCGUCAAGUGACACAGUUAUUUCCCAUUAUUUUGGAAUGGGAAUUUAAAACAAUGCUUAUCCAUGUAGAACACAGAAAUCCUUAAGAUAUCAAAAAGUUAAGUCCAGUUAUUUUUACCACACAAAAAUUUCUAUUUCCUUAUUAGUUCCCGACUGGCGGAGCCAAAGGGUAUUUUAGGUUUGCACUCCCAUCUGUCUCUCUGUCCGUCAAAUCAGUUUUCUGCACUUUUUUAGUUCACCUGAGUCACUCAGGUGACCUACAUGUAUUGCCAUUGGUCUUCGUCAUCUUUGUGCAUUGUGUGUUGUCUUUUAACAAUCUUAACUUCUUCUUGAAAACUACAUGGCCAAUUGUUACCAUUUUUGGUGUGAAGCAUCUCUAGGAUAAGAGGAAUGUAAAUUUACGACCUUACCACCCCUGGGGCCUCAGGGGCAGGGCCAAAUAUGCUGAAAAGGGCCAUGUUUUCAAAAAUCUUCUCUACUCCCACACAUGUGAUUCUUUGCAGAGUUAUGGCUCUUGGACUUGGAAAUUGAUGAAAUACAUGUACUCAGUUUUCUGCACAUCUUUUCAUCAUGCUUGCAGAUGUUAUGUCCCUUGGACAUAAAAAAAUUAACCCAAAUACUCAGUUUUUGGCUCUCUUUUUUGGUCAUGCUUGUAGAUAUUCAUUUGAUAUUUAGUACAUCAAUUUACUAUGACAAGUAACAGAUCAUGUUUGAAUUUUGUUCUGGUCAAUUGAUGUUUUGCUGAGUUAUGGCCCUUGGACUUAGAAACUAUGGAAUUUGAGUCUGGCUUUCAUAUUAUGGGACCUGAUUAUUCUUGUGUAUGAUUUUUCAUGCAGAAUAAUACGCAGAUGACUUGGGGCCGGUACGGGACAUGUGUUGCUAUGCGAUACUUGCAGAAUGCUUGUUAUAUGUCGUUAUAUUGAUGAUAACAGGGAGUAGAAGGAUGAAAAGUUGAUGGCACUGGUUGAAGUCUUUUCAUAAGUUACAGUUAUGAAUUUAGAAUUAAAAAUGAUUUAAUUUUGAGGUAUGAAGAUAAGCUUUACCACAGUUGAUUACAUAUCCGUAGUUUUCUUGUGUUGUGAUACAGUUACUGUCUGGAUGUCCACAGUGUGGUUUUCUGAAUCUGUCCUCUGAAACUGAUGUUGUCUAAAUGUGUAGGCUGUUGUUCAUAUUGACCAUGUCACAGUCAAUGUUGUGUGCAAAAAAAUUAUGUGGGUGAAGAUUUUUAUAUCUUGUCUUUUUCUAGCUGCAAUAAUGUAGCCCUCUCUGAUUUUUUUUUUUUUUUUUUUUUUUAGGGAGAGGGCUACAACUCCUUAGGAUCUCCGUAAUGGUGCAAAUGCGGGAGUGAUUCACUCCCGCAACAUUUGCGCUCAUUCUAAACAUUUCCUGACUUUCUUUACAUAAAUAAAAUGAUAUUCUAUGUUUCUUAGUCAAUAUAUAAAUUUACAACCUGCAACUUUAGAUUUGUGAGGCUCUAUUCUACCGUUUUCAACAAUUUCGAUAAAUUCCAAUUUCUCGAUUCAUAUUUGUGCGCCAUGUUUGAUGUACUGAAGUUUCAACUUCCGGUUGUCAAGUCAUUUGCAUAUGCCAUAUAAGGUAGUAUUUACAUCAAUGGACAAGUAUGGAGGCGAAAGCUAUUUCGUCGGUAUUGAAAAGGUUUGAAUUUAAUAUCAAGUUAAAAACCGAACUGCAGAGUGUAAAUUCUCUCUGCAGCAAUAUGAUUUUCCUUUCUUUGUCGAAGUGGUUCGAGUAACUACAUUUUCGCGCUGAUUGUCAAUGUUUAGGCUUUUCAUUAGAUCCACCUACGAGAUCUCGCGAUAACAAGCAUGGCGGAGCAGACGAAGAAUUUUGCAUGCUGUACAUUAUAUUUAAUGAAAAACACCUUUAUUAGACAUGCCCGAGCACAAAGUUGGUACUCCUUUUGGUGUAAACAACAUUUGGGACUAAUACACAGAGUUUAUUAUCGGUUAUUCAUAAAAUUAUUUUGCACCAUUACAGAGAUCCUAUGGAAUUGUAGCCCUAUCCUGAAAACAUCAGAAUAAAAAAAAUGGAUAGGGCUACAUUAUUGCAGCUAGUCUUUUUCCUACUGAAAAUUUAACAUUGCAUUGUUACCUGAACUUGUUCUUUAAUGGUAUGGCACAAUGUGUAUGUCUGUCUGCACAUAUAUCCUGUGUGUUUGUCUGUUCAGCCAUUAAUACCUUGUGGUAAGGAUAAAAAGAAGACUAUGAAGGCUAGGAAAAUCAAACCGGGUACCCACGGUGAGAGCAAGAUGUCUGGUAAAAUCAAACCGGGUACCCAUGGUGAGAGCAAGAUGUCUGGUAUUUCUCGAGGUUAACGUCAUGCUUUCCCACGGUGAGAGCAAGAUGUCUGGUAUUUCUCAAGGUUAAAGUCAUGCUUUCCCACGGUGAGAGCAAGAUGUCUGGUAUUUCUCAAGGUUAAAGUCGUGCUUUCAUGGGUAAUCAUGAACGAAAAUCAAUACUGAUAAGGCGAGGAUCAUGAAACUUGGUGUGAAUGUUUCCCAUGAUGUUAGUGCCAGGUAUAUUUUGUAAAGUAGUAAUGUUGUUUCUCAAGUUAUACCUUGUUAGAGUGCUGUUUGCUUUCAAUUUUAUUCUAAACAAAACCAUCGUAGAACUAACAUUUUAUUAAUGCUCUCCAGUGUAAGACAAAGUAUCAAAAGAACACUGAUGGAACCUUUUAUUUUGACCAAACAAUGGUUUACUUGGAUAUCAAUGCUCUCCUUGAUAAAGAAUAGUUUACUUGGUUGUCAAUGCCUUCCUUGAUAAAGAAUGGUUUACUUGGAUGUCAAUGCUUUCUAGCCUUUCAUUGAUUACUACUACACAGUACAUUACUGAAUACAUUAGACAUUUGCUGGACGAGUGCUACUCUUGUUGAUAAAAAGAAGAAAAGUUUGGUAUAUAAUGGAUGACUUGAAUCAUUUCUGUGCUAAACUUGAUUUGAAAGUUGAGUCUCUUUUCAAUGACAUGUUACUAGAUAAAGAAGGUUUUUGUUUAAUCUGUUCUUUUACAUCUGAAAAAAUGUUUUACAACACACCCUUACAAUUCGUGUUCGAAUACUCGAUAGGUGCUACAUAUAUCGAUGUUCGCAGAAGUCAUUUCCAGUAAUUUAAUCUUUAGUAUGAAUUUGAUCUCUGUUGAUGGUUGUCAGUUACAUCUACUACGCUAUGCUCCAUGCUGUGUCAAUAUCAGAAAUGUUAGAUGACAAGCUUUACUAGUGUUAUACAAGGCAUUGUCAGUCAAACACUUUGUUUGCAAUUAAUUUGUAUUAUUAGGUUUUGGCAACUAGAAUUUUAUAUACCUGUGUGAAUAUCUUUAGUUCCCAGGGUUUUGAGUUUUUAUAAAUAUACAGUGAAGCUAUACAAAUAUACUAUUGUUAAUUUCCCACAGUCAGUAAAAUCCUAAUAAUGGUUUUAUACUUUACAGAUACAUUGAAAUAUGUUAAAAGAUAAGCAUCUUCUUUUUUUUUUGGUUUUGUAUCAUAUUUUUGAGGCCUAACUAAUUUUCAGAUUCUAAAGAUUUAUCUAAAGAGUUUUUCUACAAGAAUGUGUUCAGUUUUACAUAGGUUGGAGAAAUGAGUUAAUCCAUUAUUUUGGGACAAUUAUGAAAAGUGUUUGUUGUAUUCAGCCCUCAAAAGGAGGUUAGAGAAGUAUGGGAUUUGUUUAGACAUUGGUCUAAUUUUUAACAAUUAUCUUUGAUGUGAGUGUAAAGUAUCAGUUUUUAUGUAUAUUCAUGUGAAUGUAGAGUUUCUAUGUACAAUAUGUAUGCAAGUAUAUUCACAUGUAGGUUUUGCAUAACAGAUGGUUGGGAGUUCUAUUGUAGUAAUCAUUAUGUCUGUCCAUCUGUCUGUUCAUCAAUACCAUCUGUCAGCAGGACAUGAUAGUCUUAGUAUUGUUUGACAGAUAGACAUUCAUAUUUUGUAUUUUACAAUGUGGACAGUGGUCAGAGAGAGAGACAUUUACAAAUUUUAUUCUUCAAAGUUCAAGGUUACAAUUAGAUAAUGAAUGUGGAGUUUUAUGAUGUGGUGACUUUUAUAUUUUUCAUCUGACAUACUUCAUACAUAUAAAAAGUGGUAAGAGGGAGACACCUGUACAUUGUAGGUCAAAUGUCAAGGUCACAACGAGGAAAUGAAUGUGGGUUUGUGAUGCAAUAUAUAGAGUAUUUAUUAACUGAGAGUCUUCAGAAUCAUUAUUCUAAUGAAAAAUUUCCAAAGGAAAACCCUUUAAAAUCAUAGGUUCAAAGGUCAUGGUCAUAGAGAGGUAGUAUAAGGUGGUGGGAUUGUGUGAUAUGCUGAAAAUCAUUCCAUCUGCAGACUGUGUUUGCUGAAAAUAGGUAAAGCUGAAAGAAAGAAAAAUGCCCAUAAUAUUUGACAUCAAGAUCUAAAUUGGGGUCAAGAAAGCAAAUUCAUAUUGUAAUCUGAUCUUACCAUAGGGUUCUGGAUGACUUCAUCAAAUGUCUAGUUUUGUUUUUAUGCAAUUUUAGCAUAGCAUAGUAAAUAUAGAAAUAAAUAUAGUAAUUUUGUAAUGAAGAUUAAUGAUAGAAAAAUGUACAAUUACAAGAUUGAUAUAAAUAACAUUUUUGAAUCGAAGAAAGUGUUAGCACAAGAAUAAUUUGAAAUAUGUGUUUUUGAUAAUUUUUGCACCCUAGUCACUCUGUAUAUUUAUGGUAUGUAACUGAAAAAUAACAAAGAUAUAUUCCAAAAAGUAUUCUCUGUGAAUACAACUUUAUAUGUGCAAUGUAUACCAUAAAUGUAUUUUGGUGCUUCUUAAGGAACAUGUGUCAUCUGCCAGCUUUAUGUAGAAAGAUAGGCUAAGCUUUUAUUUUAAACAGUUCAUAAAACCUUAUUAAUUUUUGUCAGUUUUUAAUUCGUUUUCUUCAAAGAAAUUCCAUUAAACCUUUUAAAUGGCAGGGAAAUUAUUGGCAGUUGCAACUGUCUAAUAUUCAAACUUUCUUGCAGGAUGUUGUCUUCACUGUAUAUCAUUGCUUUUCAAGAAUUUGGUUAUUUACAGGUUGAUUGGCUGUAUUAUGGUAUGGGCUUUUCUGUCCAUCCAUCUGUUAGCUUUUUCUUAUCAGGGUCAUGUGUUUCACACUAUGAUGCUAGGACUAUAAAAUCUGGUCAGCUGAUGCAUCUUUUGGGGUAUCUUGACCUAAAAAUAGGUCACUGUGACCUCCUUCUGGAGUUUAAUGACUCUAAAUACUCAAAUCGUGACUGGAUCAGAUCUUGCACACUGUGAGGCAUAAGACCAUCCAACUUGGUCAGUUAAUGCAUCUUCAGGGGAUGGUGUGUUGUGACCCAAAAGUAGAUCACUGUGGCCUCCUUCUGGACUUUUAUGGUUAUAUAUAAGUACAGUGUAUACUCAAAUUGUGUAUGAUCAUAUCUUUCACACUGAGGUGUAGGACCUUCAGACAUGCAUCUUUGGGGGACAUUGGGCUGUGACCCAAAAGUAGGUCGCUGGUCUCAUUUUAGAAUUUUAUGGCUAUACUUAGUCAAGAUGUGUCCAGAUCAUAUCGUGCACACUAUUCCGCCUAGCUCCAUCAAACCUGGUCUGCUGAUCUUUGAGUAUGCAAACAGAGAUAUGCAUCAUGUAUAUGUAGUUCCAGACAGGUAGGCAUAUCAUGUAUCCUAGCUGUGCACAUAUCCUAGCUGUGCACUCAAUUAAGAUACACAAAAACAUCUAUGUGAUUCUAAAGUAUAUUUAUUUUUAUUGUUUUUAUGUAUUGUUGAUUUAUAUGUAUAUUUGUAAAGAUAUCAGUUAUUCGUUUCAAACGAAAUGUUGUAUAAAGAUAUGGAAUUUUUUCUGAUUUUGAAUAUAAAUGCAUCUGUUGUAAUAAAAAAAAUAUCCUUGAA